AUGACGACAAGCGGACAACCACGUUACAUGGACGACGAAGAAUGGCCAUUGAAGUGUGAUAGACGUGCUGCCGUGUUGUGUGUGGCGGAUGACGCGUGCCUUAAUAGUAUUCUGGAUAGAAUUCUUGGAAUACAGACGCAUCGCAACAAAACUCCACAAUUUCAUUUCAAAGAUUCUGAAAUCCGUCAUAUCAUAAAUAAACAACAACUUAUUUAUAAAGCUUUUUGUAAUAAUCCAGUUCCAUAUACAAUUCAAAAACACAACAGAUUUGACGAACUGAAUGGUGCAAAGGUAGUGGCUACAAAGCACAUAAAAAAAAACAUUGUGUUGUUUGAGCUAUGUGGACAAUUAUAUCCAUUUAGUGACAAAUUCCUAAUACCAGGGGUAAACGACUUCUCCACUGUCACUUCUAGCGUAAAUGACAAAGACUAUAUGUUUCUUGGGCCAGUGGCAUUCAUCAAUCAUGACUGCCACCCAAAUACCCAGUGGCACAGUAGAACAAAGACAUUAUCUUGUGUCAAGACACUAAGAGAUAUAUUUACAAACGAAGAAAUAACUGUGUUCUAUGGACCAAACUUUUUUGGUGUUAAUAACCGAUACUGUAAAUGCAAAACAUGCGAAGACCAUCAUAGAGGAUUCUUCUCGGUAAAAAAAGCAGUAAGUAUGGAUAUCGAGCAGGAUAAAGUCACACAGCCAACUAGUAAAGACUUACAGGAUAUAAACAAAAGUGACAAUAGUGAUUGUAAGAAUGAUGAUGACGAUAGAAGUGGUUCCAGAAAUUUGAAUACCAAUACAGGUAAUAACAAUGCUCACCUAAGCUAUUUGUUUAUGUCAUUUAUGUGA